ACUGUCCUGCCGGGAAGGCCGGCCAACAUUCCGACAUGGCUUCCUCCGCCCACAUCUGGCAGUGAUCAGGGUGAGAGGAGGAGAGAGAGAGAGAGAGAACGGCAGGAUGCGUCACCGGGGCUGACUCGGAGUCAGCCGGCCGCUCAGCCAGGCGUCAGAUUGCAGCGGCGCUGCUUCUCUUUCCGCCGACGGAGCGAGCGCCAUGCGGAUGAGCGCGGCUUUGGAUUUGAGCCGAUGCCCGAGAGCCGCGCCGCCGCCGCCGCCGCUUUGGCCUUUCCGCACCUGCCCUUCGCAUACCUGAAAUCUCAGCGCGGGCCAGAAAUUCUUUGCCUUUGUCAGCCCCCCCCUGCCCAAUCAAAUAUGCUGAAUGGUGGCCCUGGAGUCGACGCCUCGCAGGAUGCCUGGUGGCGUUCUACGAGCAGGCAUUCCUAGUGCCACAUGUUUAUGAGAGCGGCUUCGACUCUUCGACUAUCCGUUGCAGCCACGUGACGACGGAGGGCAAAAGUUAACGACUGCCCAAUGGAAGUGGGGGGGGAUAACAGAGUGAUGGAGCGACUUGUUUUUGCCCGUGGAGCCAUGACAUCCACCGCCGCCCGCCGUGUUCGCCCUUUUAAUCGCUUUGCCGCAAUUCACAGCGCGCGCACGUGCGCGCGCGACUCUUCUCGUGAGGUGUGUAGCACAAGCGGUCGCAGCGGUGCAGACAUGAGCGUCACCUCCUGGUUCCUGGUGAGCAGCGGGGGGACUCGCCACCGACUGCCCCGCGAGAUGAUCUUCGUCGGGCGGGACGACUGCGAGCUCAUGCUCCAGUCGCGCAGUGUGGACAAGCAGCACGCCGUCAUCAACUACGAGCCCGGCUCAGACGAACACAAGGUCAAGGACCUGGGCAGCCUGAACGGGACCUUUGUCAACGACGUCCGCAUUCAAGAGCAGAUGUACAUCACCCUCAAGUUGGAGGACAAACUGAGGUUCGGAUAUGAUACCAACUGGUUCACGGUGGAGAGGGGGCAGCUCACCGUGCCCGAGGAGGCUCUCAAGCAUGAAAAAUUCACCAGUGGCCUCCAGCUGAGCAAGAAGCCGUCCAAAGGUGAAACCGGUGCGUGCAAGCCUCCCAGUAAGACGCCGUCAAAGACGCCGAAGUCUCCCGGCGGCGGCGGCAGCCCGAGGCCUGGCCAAACGACCGCAGACGGGCUCUCCCCACCACCACCCAAAACGCCGGACGCUCACAAAGCGGAAGAAAAGGUUGGAGGAGAUGUUGCAACGCUGCCUCGUGGGACCCCCCUGUACGGCCAGCCGGCGUGGUGGGGCUACGGGGACGCGGACGACGAGAACUCCUUCAAGCAGCGAAGCAAAAAAAAGCCCCCGCCGACAGAGGGCAAAGAGGCUCGUCGCGGAGAGGAUGGCCACCACCCGGGUUACAUGGAAAUCCCCACCAAGGAAAAUCAUCCCGUCGCCACCAACGGUAUCCAUGAGAUACCCACCAAGGACACGGAGGGGAGCGGCUCUCGCGGCGGCGCAGCUCAAGGCCACGCCUCCUUCACCAUCGAGUUCGACAGCGCUUCCCCCGGGAGGGUCACCAUCAAAGACCACGUCUCCAAGUUCAUGCCUGGCCAGCACAGGUCCCGCGCCAAGAGGGGCGGCGCGGGGCCCGGCGGCGGGGACCUGAGCACGUUGCAGGCGGCCAUGAUGGCGUCGGAGAGCAAGGUGGCCGAUUGGCUGGCGCAGAACGACCCCGCGCUGAUCCGCGGCGAGUCCGCCGAGGAGGACAGCAAGAGCAACAAGAGUGACGUGCCCGUGCAUCUCAAAAGGCUGAAAGGCAGCAAACAUGAAGAUGGCACUCAGAGCGACUCCGAGAACGGCCUGGGCCUGCGCUUCGCCAGCCGGCGUCACGCCCUCGAGGAACGUCUGAAAGCCGUGCACGCCCGCGCGGGAGCGGCCGGCGAGAACGCGGCGAGCGGCUCCCGGGGAGGAGGCGGCGGCGGCGGCGGCGGCCGCACGGCCUUCAUGAUCGAGCUCUACGACGAGGAGAACCCCCGCAAGCGGCGCUCGUAUUCCUUUUCCCAGACCGCGCCGCUGCUGGGCGGAGCCGGCGGCGAGGGGCUGUAUCCGCAGCCCCCCUCCCAGCCCAAGGUGUUCAGCAUUUCCACCUCCGCCGGCGCGGCCUCGGACUCAGGGAAAGUCCCGGCCCCGAUCUCCGCCACCGUGGCCGCCGGCGCGCCCACGGCGGCCCGCGUGCUCCUCAAGCAAAGGUCGGAAGACCCCAGCGUGGGGCGCAGCUCCGUGGGCACGGGCCUGGCCACCGGAAGCCCCACCAGCCCCAGCGAGGACGCCUCCGUCGCGGGGCGAGCGGCCGCCGGGGAGGCCGGCGACGACCACAGCGAUAACGGCACCUACACCAUCGAGCUGGAAAACGGCACCCUGGAGGAGCAAGAGGAGGAGGCCCGGCGCAUGAUAGACAAGGUAUUUGGGCUGCAGCAGAAGCAAGACUCCUCCGUCGCGGAGCUCCAAGGGGAGGGAAGAGGAAAAGCAAAGAAAACGGAGACUGGGAAGGAGGACUCCAACUGGGUCUCUCAGUGGGCCAAUUUGGCCGCCCACCACGCCCGGACCGAUCCGGAAGGUUCUGGUGCCGAGACCACGACUUUCUUGGACAAACAAAGAGGAUGUGAGUCGUCGAAGUCCGGCGCGCCCCUCAACCGAGGCGAUUCCUCGACUUGUCUGAGCGAGCGCAAGCGCAGGACCCUCCCCCCCCUCCCCGCGGAUGACCCCCGCAGCGGCGCCAAAUCUCAGACGCCGAGGUCCGAGAUCGGAGAAAAGCAGGACACGGAACCCCAGGAGAAGGAGAACAAGGGCGACGGGCAAUCUCCGCCGCCUCCCCGGGAGAACGGCGACAUGACCGGCGAUCGCAAACCGAGAGCCGCCGCCUCCUCCUGUUGCCAGGCCGCCGCGCGGACCUCCGGCGCCGCGGAGCGCAGGAAGGGCUCCGAGGUAAGGAAGGAGGAGGAGGAAGAAGACGGCGGGGAUGCGUCCGGCAAGCCCCUGGUGCGGCAAGGCAGCUUCACCAUCGAGAAGCCCAGCGGCAGCGUCCCCGCCGAGCUCAUCCCGCGCAUCGGCGGAGCCCGCGGGCGCAGCGACUCGGUGGGGAGCAUGGACACGGCCACGCUCCUCAAGGACACCGAAGCCGUCAUGGCCUUCCUGGAGGCCAAACUGAGGGAUGAAAACAAGCUGGAGCCAAAAAGCCCUCAAGCCGGCGGCGGCGGCGGUCGGGUCUCCGGCUACGGCCUCCGCCCUCGGACGGGCUCCGUCUCGCCGGAGUCGGACGUGGACACGGCCAGCGCCGCCAGUCGCGGGGCCGGCGAGGCCGAGGGGAAGGCCGGCGGCGCGCAGAAGCGCCGCUCGCUCAGCAGCAUGCACCGGGAGAAGAGCAACGUCGGCGCGGCCUCCAAGUCCGCCGUCCCCGCCGGCGCGCGAGACCGCCUGGAGAGGAAGGCCAAAAGCAGAACGGCGGAAGCGCCGCGCCGCUCGCUUCAGCCUUCUUCUUCCAGAGGACGCCAACCGUCGCUCGAUCUCACCGAUGACGAGCAGACGUCUUCCUUUCCCAUUUCCGACAUCCUCUCCUCGGACCAGGAGACGUACUCCGGAUACGAGGCGAGAUCUGCCAAGAACGCCGCCGCCGGCGUUUCCUCCAAGACGGGCCGGAGUCCGCAGGCCGCCACGUCGUCCUCCCUGAGCAAGCAGGCGGCGCUGCCGAAGCCGCGGCCCACCCGAGCCUCCCUCCUCCGCCGAGCGCGACUGGGGGACACCUCGGACACGGAUCUGGCCGACGCGGACCGAGCGUCGGUGGCGUCCGAGGUGUCCACCACCAGCUCCACCUCCAAGCCUCCGUCCGGCCGCGGAGGACUGUCGCGUCUCGACAUGCUGGCGCAGCCGCGCCGCAACCGGGCGGGCUCGGUCUCGGCGCGCAGAAAAGCCGCCGCCGCGCGCGUCUCCUCCGCCUCGCCGCGCCUUUCGGCCGAGACGGCGCUGCGCCUGGGCUUGCGCUCGUCGGCGCCCGCCGAGAGCAAGCUGGCUCCCAGGAUGAGGGCCAACAGCGUGUCCAAGCUGAACGAGGCCAGAACCAAGACCGCUACGACCGGGUACUGCUCUCCCACAGUGUCCAGCAGCAACCGGUGGAGACGCCUGCCUCCCGAGUACGCGUCCACCUCGGAGGAAGAGUUGGGCUCCGGCCGCAACUCUUCGAAGCACGGAGGAGGGCGCCCCCACACCGGCCGCAUCACGCCGUGCCGGCGCGCGGCGCCCGGCCCAUCCGGCGCCCUGCCGGGGGUGGGCGCGGUGGUCCUGAAACAUCGCAUGAAGGAACAAGACGAGUACAUCAGAGACUGGACGGCGCACAGCGAGGAAAUCGCCAGGAUCAGCCAGGACCUGGCUAAGGACCUGGCCACCUUGGCACGCGAGAUCCACGACGUGGCCGGCAAGAUCGACUCGGUCAGCUCGUCCGACACGGCGCCCAGCACGGCCGCCAGCACGGCCGCCACCACGCCGGGCUCGGCCGUCGACAAAAAAAAAAAAAUUGAAAUUCUGGUGGAUCGCGUGUUUGACGAGAGCCUGAAAUACCGCAAGAUCCCUCCCGUCAUCGACGGCGCCGGGACGCCGGAGAUCAACGGCAAGCCGGCGGAGCUCCGCCCCCGCGCCCCCGAGAGCCACGAGCCCCGGGCGCUCAGGAGACGCACGUGGAACCGAGAGGAGGCCGUUUUGGACAGCCUCCUGAUCCACUCGGUCUUUCAGCUGUCCACCAAGAUCAGGCAGUCUACUGAUAAAACAGCAGGAAAAAUCCGGCUCUUGUUCAAGGAUCAGGACAGGAACUGGGAGGACAUCGAAAGGAAACUGAAAUCCGAAAGCGACGCGCCACUCUUGAAGUCGUCCGGCAAUGAGAUCUCCUCCGUGCUGCUUGAGCUCAGAAGAGUCGAGAAGCAGCUUGAAGUGAUCAAUCUGAUGUUAGACCCAACCGGGGCGUUGGAUGCGGCAGCCAGCGCCGCCUCGCCCACCAAGGCCGAAGGCGUCAAAACCGCACCCCCGCCCUCCUCCGACACGGGACCCCGGCAGCUCCCGGCCAAAGAGCCGCCGCCCGAGAUCCUUCCGCCGCUCAGAUGAUCCGCCGGUCUCGGCGUAGCCUCCGUCGGCGCGCCGCCUUUCGGCCGCAUGCGGCCCAGCGGCAAGGAGGCCCUUGUGCAGAAGCUCAGAUGAAAAAUAUGAACUGGAAAAAAAUUGGCCACGGGACUGAAUGUCAAUGUAGUAUGAGCUAAAAUGUGAGAAACGAGAAGAGUUUUUGGGGUGUCGACUGAAAACGACAAGAAGGAAUGAUGGAAUGGAGC